GAGCAGAGCUCUCCUGUCUUGGCUCCUCUAUUUAAUGUGGAGUCCCUGGGGCUGACUUUGAAGAAGUCCAGGCUGAGGGAAGGUCAGCACCUCCAUCCCGUUCCCUGGCAGCUCCUGGAGGUGUUUCUGAGCCAGCAGCAGGAGGAGCAGGAGAAGGAGCCAAGGAAACUCCAGGGUUCCUGUCCCACGUGGGUUUGGCGAUGGUUUCGCUGCUCCAGGACCAAUCCAACAUUAAAUUUUCCCCUUCGGACCCUCUGGAAAGGGACCAGCAGGACCUGAUGAAGGCACAGGGGGAUUCAAUAUCCCCAGUUCAGCACAGUCAGGACAACCCUAGCUACAGCUGCCAACCCUUCGAGCCAGACACCAGGACAGAAAGGAGGAGCUCGGAAUCCUCUCACAGCCCCAGCCCCGCUUCCCCAUCCCAGGAGCAGAUCCAGGGCAGGUACCCUGCCAGCCAAGGAAUCCCCUGUGGCAAGAACAAACUCAAGGCACCCUUCAGCACGGAAAAAUUCCGGCGCUACAGCUACGAGGAGAACGCCGCCGGGAACUACGACCGGUUCCUCAAGAGCAGCAGGAACCCCUUCCACCCUUACAAAAGGCAGAUCAGCGAGGAGGUUUUCCAGGAGCCACACCAGGCUCUGCCACCAGAAGCUUCUCCCUACAAGAGCCACGGGAGCGUGGAAGGUUUCGAGGCUCUGCCGGGGGCUGAGGAGCCGGAGGCGUUUCCCACCCACAUCCCAAACAUCUCCGGAGAGCAGCCGUGGUGUGGCAGCCUCCAGUACGGCACCACGGGGCAGGAGCACGGCUCUCAGGUCAUGCAGGAUUCAGACUUGAAGCUCAGGACAUCCCCCCUGGAAGGGCAGCCUGGUCUCUAUUGCUACCAGCCCCAGGUGCAGCAGAUGUACUGCCCCUCACACCCUUUCCAUCAGUACCCCUCAGGAGGCAGCUACCCCGUGACUUACAUCGCUUCCUCGCACUACCCCUACCAAAGGAUUGCUCCUCAAAGCAGCCAAGAGUCUCAGCAGCCUCUGUUUCCCAAACCCAUCUACUCCUACAGCAUCCUGAUCUUCAUGGCUCUCAAAAACAGCAAGACAGGGAGUUUGCCAGUCAGUGAGAUUUACAAUUUCAUGACAGAACACUUCCCUUACUUUAAGACAGCUCCAGAUGGCUGGAAGAAUUCCGUGCGCCACAAUUUAUCUUUGAACAAGUGCUUUGAGAAAGUUGAGAACAAGUCAGGGAAUUCUUCUAGGAAGGGCUGCCUGUGGGCUCUGAAUCCAGCCAAGAUUGACAAGAUGCAGGAGGAGCUCCAGAAAUGGAAGAGGAAAGACCCAGUUGCUGUGAGGAAGAGUAUGGCAAAGCCAGAAGAGCUGGACACGCUGAUCGGCGACAGGAGCGACAAGCUGCGGUCCUCGCUGCUGCCCUGCAGCCCCGCGGGCGCUGCAGCCGCCUCCCUCUCCAGGCAGAUGGCAGCGCAAGCCCAGCCCUUGGGCGAGCCCCCGCUGCCCCCCGGCAUCCCGCAGGGCUUCCACGGCAUCCACCGAGCCCCGCUGCACGCCAAGAGCCCCCUGCCCGCCCUGCUGGGGGGGCAGCAGUGCUACACAUCCCCCCAGGGCUUCCCCCAGAUCCCCACCGCGCUGAUGCAGCACACGCCCGAGCCUCCGAGCCUGUUCCCUGCUGGGGAGGCUCAAAGCCAGCUCCGGACUCAGCCCAGCAUCCCGCAGGAUUCCCCAGUGCCGGCUCAGAGCCCCCCGAGCUGCGGGAUGAAGAUGCUGCCCGAGCAUUCCCCGGCCAGGACGGUGCAGGACUCGCUGCUGCAGGAGGGAGACCUCAGCAAUGACAUCGAUGCUCUGAAUCCGUCCCUCACUGAUUUUGAUCUCCAAGGGAAUCUUUGGGAGGAGCUGAAAGACGACAGCCUGGCCGUGGAUCCCCUCGUCCUCAUUUCAUCCUCGCCCAUGGCCCCGCAGUGUUUUCCGCAGCUGGAGAGCGGCGGCGGCGGCGCGGGCCCGGCCGGGGGCGCGCACGGGAGCGCGCACGGGAGCGCGCACGGGAGCGCGCACGGGAGCGCGCACGGGAGCGCGCAGGAGCUGCAGCUCACCACGCUCUACUCCGCCUUCAUGGAGCUGGACACGGUGACCCCUUCGUACCUGAGCAGCCCCGGCUCCAAACCCAUCGCCUUAAUGUGAACCACACCCCCAAAAAUUUCCAAAAUUCCAAAGUUUUCAAAAAUUCAUCGGAAUGGAAACCCAGUCCUGACCAUCACACGCUGCCCUGGGUGGUGUCAGCGUUCAUGGGAAUGAGAAUUUUAUCUUUCUUUUUUCUUUUUUUUUCUCCCAGAACUCGCCCGCAGGAUAUGUAGCUUUACUAUGAUGAUUUUCUACAGACAGAUAUUAAAAAAAUUAUUUAAAGAUUAUAUGGUUAACAGCUGAACUUGUCAACACCAUUUUAUCAAGCCACUCAUCUUCAUCUUCCAGAAAUAAGAAGAAAACAAAUUCUUCAUCGUCUUUUUUCUUUUUCUUUUUUUUCUUUAAUGAAAGCUGCUUGCAAAUGAACACAGAACUCACAGCACACAACAAUUUAACUCGGAGACAAGAAUUUUAACUUAUUUCUUGGAGCCACUGAUGGCAACAGCAUCCACUCAAAAUAUAAAAUCUACCUAUUAAAACAUUUAUAGUCCCCUUGAAAGAAGUUCUGGGUUUUGGUAAACGUGAACUGAAAAUUCUGCAAGUAUUAGAAGAUAGAGGACAAGCUGCUAAACCAAAGCAACAAAUAUACUUCAGUGGAAAAUAUCUAAGUUUUACUGUAUUUAAAAAGAAAUUUUAGACUCUGCUUUUUUUAAUAAAAAAGAACAAAACUAUUUAGUAGAAUUUUUACUUGGCUGGAAAUUAUUUGCAUUCAUGCCUCUUACAUUUUGCUACAUAAACUAGACAUUAAUAUGAAUUGUUAAGCCAUUAAAUGAAGAUUUUUUUUUAAAUAGUGAUAAGAAGGAAGAGAGAAAUUGCAGUUGGCCAAAAAUCCAGAGAGCAUCUGUGUUUUAAGUGAUACCUCCAGU